UACAUGUCAAUAAUGGAUUUAUUUGUCAGCUUGUACAUUCACCCUACCACUACUACCACCUCUGUCUGAUUCACAAACACAUCCAAUCGCACAAACAGAACCGGCAAUCUUCAGCUCCGCUGUCCAUUACCCAUCUAUCUGCCUCAAGCUGCGGUUCUCCUCCCUUCACUUGUCGUUUUCCUCUCCACACCUAGCACAUCUAGUUGUUAUUAUACACCUCUUGUACGGUUUCAGUUUUGUUUACAUCGGCGCUUUGCUUCGCGUUGGUCGUUCGUGUUGUUGUUAACUCACACCACGUUCCUACGUACAAGCCAACGAACGCCAACAUAUGCGCUGCACCACCGCUUGCAUGAAUGAUGGAAGAAUCUCAUGGGAAGCCAAAAUAAAUAACCCUGCUAUUACGACACGAAUAAACAAUAAACCAGACCGAAGAAACUGGAACAGCACAACACCCCUCCUGACAGUACCCUGCCUGACCUGUCUGGGCUGAGCUGAGCGCUCUUGUAUGUCACGCACGAAAUCCGAACGGCCCUUCGUAGCCCUCCUCGAACCUUACCUCUAGCUGAUCUCCUGGCAUUCGGUAGCAGAACCUUCAUUUCAUACUGUGUAAUCGCUUUCCAAUACCUCUGUCAUAAACGCAAAUGCAAAUGACAGGCUGUUUUUUUAUUAUUAUUUUGUGAUGACGUAGGGGUAUUCUUCGUUUUCAAUUGAAUUCUGCCAUAUUUUUGUUUGUUUACGUAGUCUUCGUUCAUCCGCGUGCGUCGGUAAGUGCUCGGCAAAUAUUUGACAUUUCGCCUCGCUCGUCAUAUAUGGUGACAUUCGACACCGACUGCGGUACGUACGGUUGUUUCACGACUCCGUGAUUUGCGCUAUCUCAUUUCCAAUUCCUGCUGCUUGCAUAUCUCUUCUCGCGAUAGAAAUGAAAACAUUAGCAUUUUUGCCUGUGUCCACCUCCGGGCGAGACACAGAUAAACUUCGCACCGUUUGUGUGCGAUUGGGAUUAUUUCUGUUUCUUUAUUUUGCACGUCAUUCGAGAGGUAACAACUGAUAGGCGAAGCGAAAACAUCAAGGUUAUUUAGUCAGUCUCUGACAGAGCACCAUCCGACACACCGGUGGAAGAAUCGCUUUUCUCUUUUCGGGGUUUCAAAGAAGUUCGACGAAGAUCGGUAUUUGUCAUCAAACCUAUAAUUAGUCCCAAAUCUCCAGCUGUUCGGCAAAAGUUUCAACAUCUUUCAUUUCAGAUUCUGUACACGAGAAAGCUAUGAGAUGCUGCAAUUAUUAAACAAGAAAGUAUUACAACCAUUCCAUAAAACCGCCAAGCAAAUUAGAAAUUUUCGAAAUGAAAUUCAAUUGUCGAAGGACCGCUACCACAUCAAACGAGGCUCCUUCGCUACCGUGGCUGAUUCAGACAUCAAUCACUUCGCAAAAAUAUUGCCUAACCCGAAUCAAAUUCUGCUAGGCCUUGAUGAAACUGCCGGCUACAAUCGGGACUAUUUCAAAUACGUGCGUGGAUUAGGCGAAGUGGUGCUAAAGCCGCGAACUUCCGCUCAGGUGAGCGCCAUUUUGCAACACUGCAACCAUCGCAAGUUGGCCGUUUCCGUAUAUGGUGGCAAUACGGGCGUUUGUGGCGGAUCGAUUCCCGUGUUUGAUGAAAUUGUUCUUUCGUUGGAACUGAUGAACGGUAUCGAAUCCAUUGAUGAGUACUCUGGGGUAUUGCAGUGUGAAGCGGGAUGCAUUCUGGGAGUGUUGGAGGAGAAACUUAGCGAGAAGGGAAUGAUCAUGCCACUUGAUCUGGGUUCGAAGCAUUCCUGCCAGAUAGGAGGCAAUCUGGCGACCAAUGCCGGCGGGAUACGUCUGAUGCGAUACGGUAACUUGCACGGGUCAGUUCUCGGUCUGGAGGCUGUGACAGCGGAUGGAACGGUAUUGGACUUGAUGUCACGAUUUCGGAAGGACAACACUGGGUAUCAUUUGAAGCAUUUGUUUAUCGGCUCGGAAGGAACUUUGGGUGUGAUAACUCGUGUGGCCAUCGCUUGUCCGCCAUCGCCAACCACACAGAACGUGCUGUUUUUGGGUGUCGAGAACUAUGAUUCAGUGUUGAGGACCUUCAUCGAAUGCAAAAAACGACUUGGAGAGAUACUUACCUCAUGUGAGCUGAUCGACGAGGACGCAUUGCAGUGCUGCAUCCUGCAUUUGAAACGAUCGUCACCCAUCAAGCAAUAUCCCUUCUACAUGCUUAUAGAAACUACUGGUAGCAAUGCAGAUCACGAUGAGCAAAAGGUGCAGAAUUUUCUGGAGCAAGUUUUAUCGGCUGGAAUCGUUGGCGAUGGAGUUGUUACGAAUGAGCCCUCAAAGGUUAAGGAUUUGUGGCAGCUGAGAGAAUAUAUACCGCAUGGGACAUUCAGUAAUAACUUCUGCCUCACCUAUGACCUGUCACUGCCACUCGAUAACUUCUACGAUAUUGUUCCGGCGAUGAAGCGGCGUGUUGGACAUUUGGUAAAACUAGUUUGUGGCUUUGGACACAUAGGUGAUUCCAACAUACACCUUAACAUAGCAGGGGACGAACUGACACCGGAAAUCGAACAGCUUGUGGAUCCUUUCGUGUACGAGUUCACGUCGAAGCUGAAAGGAAGCGUAAGUGCUGAACACGGGAUUGGCCUCUUGAAGCCCAAGUAUCUGAAGUAUUCCAAAACGAACGAAGCCAUAGGGCUAAUGCGACAGAUGAAAACCACUAUGGACCCAAAUGGCAUUCUGAAUCCUUACAAAGUGAUUUCUAUGUAAUCUUUGAACUACUGUUGAGUUAAAGUCAAACAUUCCAGUUUUCUCAAAAGAAAUAACAAUACGUACAUAUUCCUCUA